UCUAGGGUCAAAUACACUGAAACAUGCUUUCAUAUCGUCAUUUCGCACCUGCCACUCCAAGGGUAAGGUCGUGUUGCUAGAGCUGAGACAUGGACAGGGCUACGGCGAUCUGGGAGCAGGUAGAGGGCUACAUAAGACCCCUCGGACUGGAGAGUUACCCAUUUAAGAUCCAGUGGUACAAUGACAAGGUGAAGGACCCCUUCCCCCUGCCCUACCCUGGGGACACCCUGGCGGUCGUGAUCCUAAGUACACCCAACAUGUUUGAGAAGGCCUUCAAACCGUUCGUGGCCAAGAAGGACUGUUACGUACGGGACCCCAUCGACGAAUGUCUGCUGAGUCACAUGCAGAACAUCAAAGCCAUCUUCCCAGAUGAAGACAUAGACUGUAUGCAGGAUUUUGAGCUGCACCCGAACCACCGGCCUAAAGUCCUGGUACAGACAGCUGCACACGUGGCUGGUGCUGCCAGGUACUACCAGAGAAUGGAUGUCAAGGAAGAUCCAUGGGGGAAGGAUAAGAACAUCUAUGGUGUCUCCGUGCAUCCCAAAUAUGGUGGCUGGUUCGCAAUCCGAGCUGUCCUGGUCUUCAAGAACAUCCUGGUCCCAGAAAUGGAGUAUAAGGAGCCACCAGACUGUGUGCCAACCGAUGAACUGCGCAUCGACCUGCUGAACAAGUACAACUUCCACUGGAAGGACUGGUCUUUCCGAGAUGUCAUCCCAGUGGAGGACAAGUACUCGGAGGAACAGAAGGUCUAUUUCGACACUCCUCCUGCUGACAGGAAGGCUCUGUUAGGUCUGGAGGACAAAACAGCUUAAGACGUCUUGGCAACACAGAAACGUUUGUCAGUAUAAGAAAAUAAAGGUGGAGAAGGAAGAUGUAUUUUUCUUAUGCAAAGUACAAGAAUGAUUAUUGCUCUUGCAAAGUCCUCCUAUACAACCCAUUUCUUUUAGCUAUGUUUAUAUAAGAAAGGUCCAUUCCUAAGCACUUUUGUGUUUUAGGAACACAUUAUUCAAGAAUGAUUAUAGUGAACUUGAAAUUAAAACAUGUGCAUGCAAUGUUGGUAGGUAUAAUUCAGUGUGAAUUUGCUUUUGAAUCAAAAAAGCAUAAUUUAUUUAUUUUCUCAUUUUUUGUCUUUUUAUCAUUAAUUGUUGCAAGUAUGUAAAUCAAGAUAAGCCAGACAGGAUAUAAUUUCUUUCAGAGAUCUGGCUACUUAACUCAUAAUGCAUUAAUAUAGUAUUAUAUAGUAUAGCUUGUCACAGCCUUCUCUAGAUUAUUUGGUAUAAUUUUGGUACCGGAUUUUGCUGCGGCGGUACUGCAUAUUUACAAGAGGUUAAACAAGACUAAUAUUAUUAACCAGACUGAUUGUGUUGCGCCUUUAAUAAUGUACACUGGCUAAGAGUUAGCAAGUUUAUAUCACUGUGGAGCUGAGGCAACUUGGAAGUUUGACAAGAUUUUAACUGUUACAGUAACGUUGCUUGUUGCGCUUAUACAGAGUAUCACUUUUGAAGCACAGUGUAACCUACAACUACCAGUAGUUAAGGGUUGAUAUUCAACUUUUAAGAAAGCAUAUUUAGUUUUCUUGUCAUAAAAUUCUUUUCCAUUGUGGUGACAUACAAAUGCAUUAACAAGUGCAUGUAACAUUAGUUGACACUCAUGGUGUAGCAUUGCUUAUUAAAGUCUUAAAAGAAA